GAGCAGCUUACACUUCUACUCCCUUAUUACAACCAGGUACCUCUGCUGGACCAUCAGGGCGAAGGCGCAGGGAGGGCCUAUGACUGAGGCAAAACCUUUUGACAGAUUAGAUAAGGGCAGAAUGAACCGAUGGGCGAGGGUGUUCAGGUGGCAUCGGAUGCAGAAAGAGGACGAUGAAGAGGAGAAGAAAGAGGAGAGGAAAGAUGAGAAGAAGCUUCCGGCAAAACCCAAAGUGAACUGGACGGAGCGGGUGGUUGACCCAUCAGAGGGGUUUUAUUAUGGAUGGCUUCAGGUCAUGAUCUUCCCCAUCUUCUACAACUGGAUCAUCAUCAUCUGUAGGACAUGCUUUAAGGAAAUAGAGGAUGAAUUCCUGACACUGUGGCUCACGCUGGACUACUGCUCCGAUCUCCUGUACGUGGCUGAUACCAUCAUCAAAUUUCGCACUGGUUUCCUAGAACAGGGUAUCCUGGUGCAGGACAGGGACCGUCUGAAGAAGCAUUACCUCUUCUCCUCACAUUUCCUGUUGGACCUGGCCUCCCUACUGCCCACUGACCUCCUCUAUCUGUACUUCGGCAUCAACCAGCCACUGGUGAGGGUCAACCGCUUCCUUCGUAUCUCCCGGCUCAACGAAGCCAUGGACCGCAUGGAGACACGUACCUCUUACCCCAACACCUUCCGCAUCUCCAAACUUAUGCUCUACAUCUUCGUGCUCAUCCACUGGAACGCCUGCAUCUACUUCGCCCUGUCCAGUUACAUCGGCUUCGGGGUGGACCGCUGGGUUUACCCAAACAUCACCGACCCUAUGUCCUCCCCAGUGAGGCACCAGUACAUCUACUGCUUCUGGUUCUCUGCGCAGAUCUUCACCACGGUGGGCGACACGCCACUGCCCGACCGCGAGGAGGAGUACCUGUUUAUGAUCGCUGAUCUGCUGAUCGCCGUGCUGGUGUUUGCCUCCGUCGUAGGGAACGUGGGGAACGUCAUCACCAACCUCAGGGACAGAGACAACGUCUUCUUCCCCAACCACGAGCUGGUCAAAGGUUACCUGCGCAACAGGUACAUCAGCAAGGAGUUGCGUAACCGUGUCAACGACUGGUACCAGCACCUGUACAUCAACCGUAAGAUCACGAGGGAGAACGAGAUCCUGCAGCAGCUUCCCGUCCAGCUGCAGACGGAGAUCGCUGUGAGCGUACAUCUGCCAACGCUCUCCAAGGUCACCAUCUUCCAGAACUGUGAGACCAGUCUGCUGGAGGAGCUGGUGCUCAAACUCAUCCCGCAGGUGUAUAGUCCCGGGGAGUACGUGUGCAGAAAGGGGGACGUGGGACAUGAGAUGUACAUCAUUAAGGAUGGGAAACUGGCUGUGGUGGCAGACGAUGGCAUCACACAGUUCGCUGUGUUGAGUGAUGGCAAUUUCUUCGGGGAAAUUAGCAUCCUGAACAUCAAAGGAAACAAAUCAGGCAACCGUCGGACGGCCAACAUCCGCAGCAUCGGCCACUCAGACCUGUUCAGCCUUUCCAAGGAGGACCUGACAGACGUGCUGUCUGAGUUCCCAGCUGCCAAGCGACACCUGGAGGAGAAGGGUCGUCAGAUCCUCACUAAGAUGGGCAUGUUGGUGAAGGCCGCGGAAGGCGAGGAGGAGCAGGACGAGGAGAAGGUGGAGGUCAAGGUGGAGAGACUGGAGGGUAACCUGAACACCCUGCAGACCAAGCUGGCCCGUUUAAUGGCAGAGCUGGAGUCCAGCAACCGCAAGAUCCUGGCCAGGGUGGAGCAAUUGGAGCUAGAGACAGAGGGCUGGGAGGACAACUCGCCUGAGGAGGGAGAGGGAGGGGAGGUGGAGAGAAGGGAUGGGGUGGGGAUGGAAGUUGAGGGGGAGCGAGGAGAGGCGGAGGGAGAGGACCAGGCAAAGGGGACUAAAAGAGCGAACGUGGGAGAGAAGCACGCAAAAGAGACUAAAAGAGAGGAUGAGGGUGAGGGAAAGGAUGAAGGAUAUGGAGAGGAAAAAGGAGGAGAGGAAGGAGAAACAAAAGAGACUGAGAGAAGAGGACAGGAAGACAUGUAGAGGACAAUAAGAGAGAGGACAGGAAGACUUGUAAAGGACAAUAAGAGAGAGGACAGGAAGACAUGUAGAGGACAAUAAGAGAGAGGAGGACAGGAAGACAUGUAGAGGACAAUAAGGGAGAUGAGGACAUGAAGACAUGUAGAGGACAAUAAGGUAGAUGAGGACAGGAAGACACGUAGAGGACAAUAAGAGAGAUGACAGGAAGACAUGUAGAGGACAAUAAGGGAGAUGAGGACAGGAAGACAUGUGGAGGACAAUAAGGGAGAUGAUGACAGGAAGACAUGUAGAGGACAAUAAGAGAGAAGACAGGAAGACAUGUAGAGGACAAUAAGAGUGAUGAGGACAGGAAGACAUGUAGAGGACAAUAAGGGAGUGGACAGGAAGACAUGUAGAGGACAAUAAGAGAGGACAGGAAGACAUGUAAAGGACAAUAAGGUAGAUGAGGACAGGAAGACAUGUAGAGGACAAUAAGAGAGAUGAGGACAGGAAGACAUGUAGAGGACAAUAAGGUAGAUGAGGACAGGAGGACAUGUAUGGGACAAUAAGAGAGAGGACAGGAAGACAUGUAGAGGACAAUAAGAGACAGGACAGGAAGACAUGUAGAGGACAAUAAGAGAGAUGAGGACAGGAAGACAUGUAGAGGACAAUAAGGUAGACGAGGACAGGAAGACAUGUAGAGGACAAUAAGAGAGAUGAGGACAGGAAGACAUGUAGAGGACAAUAAGGUAGAUGAGGACAGGAAGACAUGUAGAGGACAAUAAGGUAGAUGAGGACAGGAGGACAUGUAGAGGACAAUAAGAGACAGGACAGGAAGACAUGUAGAGGACAAUAAGAGAGAUGAGGACAGGAAGACAUGUAGAGGACAAUAAGGUAGACGAGGACAGGAAGACAUGUAGAGGACAAUAAGAGAGAUGAGGACAGGAAGACAUGUAGAGGACAAUAAGGGAGAGGACAGGAAGACAUAUAGAGGACAAUAAGGUAGAUGAGGACAGAAAGACAUGUAGAGGACAAUAAGAGAGAGGACAGGAAGACAUGUAGAGGACAAUAAGAGAGAGGACAGGAAGACAUGUAGAGGACAAUAAGAGAGAGGACAGGAAGACAUGUAGGGGACAAUAAGAGAGAUGAGGACAGGAAGACAUGUAGAGGACAAUAAGAGAGAUGAGGACAGGAAGACAUGUAGAGGACAAUAAGGGAGAGGACAGGAAGACAUGUAGAGGACAGGAAGACAUAUAGAGGACAAUAAGGUAGAUGAGGACAGGAAGACAUGUAGAGGACAAUAAGGUAGAUGAGGACAGGAAGACAUGUAGAGGACAAUAAGAGAGAUGAGGACAGGAAGACAUGUAGAGGACAAUAAGAGAGAUGAGGACAGGAAGACAUAUAGAGGACAAUAAGAGAGAUGAGGACAGGAAGACAUGUAGAGGACAAUAAGGGAGAGGACAGGAAGACAUGUAGAGGACAGGAAGACAUAUAGAGGACAAUAAGGUAGAUGAGGACAGGAAGACAUGUAGAGGACAAUAAGAGAGAGGACAGGAAGACAUAUAGAGGACAAAUAGACCAGGACUAAAGACCAGGAGUGGAAGCAGGACUAAAGACCAGGACGGGUAGAGGAACAAAAGGAAAACUAAGAUGUGGAGCAGUAGGGAGGAGGGAGGAUGACAGACAGGGAUCAAGGGAAGGAGAGAAUGGGAUUGGUGUGGAGAGGACUGCCAUAAAGAAUACAACUAUACCUCAAUCUUGACAGGACUGCAAAGUGCUGACCAAUGUACCACGUUGACAACAAGUUCCCGAACCCUGAUUGGUUUGAAUGGUGUCAGCAAUUUUUUACAUCGUGUUCUUUUGAACUUAACCACAUGAAUUGGGGGUGCUUGGAGUACUAUAUAUAGAUAGAGAACAUUGAACACAACAAGUCAAUAACUAGAUGUUGACAUGAAAUCUGAUAGGACCUUAUAGUUCCAAGAACCUUAGUUCCAAGCUUUCGAUAGGCUACCACUAUUCUAUUAUCACUUUAAUGCUUAAAUGCUGAAAAUGAGCUACAAUAGUUUUACAGUUAAAGUAGGAAGUUUACAUCCACUUAGGGUCAAUAGAAGUCAUUAAAACUUGUUUUUCAACCAUUCCACAAAUUUCUUGUUAACAAACUCUAGUUUUGGUAAAUUGGUUUGGAUGACACAGGUAAUUUUUCCUCAAAAAUGUUUACAGACAGAUUAUUUCACUUAUAAUUUACUGUAUCACAAUUCCAGUGGGUCAGAAGUUUACAUACAC